AUGCGCAUUUCUCCACGCCGACUUCCGCAGCAAUGCCUACAGCCCAAGGGGUCGCGCGCCCAUAGUAGCUUGGUGCACCGCCGUUUGCGAGUCCCCGCUAUCGGCCAUCCUCGUCCACGCUAUCAGUGCUAUCGAUCCCACUUCUCUGCUGCAGCCCCUCGGAGUGUGCUCGACCUCGGCAAGGGCACGCUUGCCUUGCUUCCCGUCAUGGUCGUCAUUAUCACUGCGAGUCACCAGUAG